AUGGACAGCGUUUCGGACACGAAAUAUGCUCCUGUGACCGCCUCAGGUGACCUGCGUGAUCCUCCUGAGGCUGCGCGGGCCCUAAUUGUCCAGGCUGAUCCGAAAACCGGAACGGACGAGCCGGCUGACCCCCUGGCGGCACUUGCGUCUUCGGAGGCCCUUACCACAGCCUCUCUCAGGCCGAAGUCAUCGAUGACAUCCCCGCGGCGCUUUCCCAGCCCAUGUGCCCGGUCGGUUUUCCGCCCACAUAUUCGACAGGACAGCGGGGGCUCCAGGUCUGCAGCGAAUACACCCCGUACAAGGAGUCCUGUAUUCGACAGUGGAAACAGUGGAGCUGGCGCUGACAGAGCCGACUGUGCGUUGACGGUGGCCGGAGAAUACGGCAUGGACCUCAACCACGGUGGCUGGGAUGGGCAGGGCUCUUUUCUCUCUUCGUCGACCCCAGUUCAGUCUUGGCACGGAGGCGCCAAAGCCCAUAACAGUGUUUUGGAAACUGGACGAGAACUGGCGGGUUAUGGAUUCUACUUUGGUGCAAAGGAAGCUCCGUACCCGAAAGACCGCUGUGACAACGAGGAUCAGAAUGACGAUACCGGUCCCGGUGAGAGGGGUAGAGGAGCGUGCGAAGGGAGAGCAGGGUAUCAGACGAUAGACACGUGUCAAACCGAACAAGGAUCGGGUUGCGGCAGCUUCGGACGACGCACUCGUUUCCAUUCCAACGUGAGACGCAGUGCUGAAAGCUGGAGGCGGUCUCCGGAGUCCAGCCUAGCUCCUCGAAAUACGCAGAGCUUCGUCAAACCGGCCGCGCUUUGUGGGUGUCUCCGUUAUGCUACGGCAUGGAGAAAGUCUAGCUGGCUGCCACGUAACCGGGCCUCAGGAACAGCCAGUCGGAAGGACGGACGGCCUCGAAAACUUCGCCAACUCAGAUGCGAAAACAUCGCCCCCUUUCUGGGACCUCAGAGAGAUGAGCACAAGAGAAGAACCACCCUGGUUUUGGAUCUCGAUGAAACGCUAGUUCACAGCUCGUUCAGGCCCGUUUCGGUUUCUGCUUUUGUCAUUACGGUCGAAGUUGAGGGGACGCCGCAUAACAUCCACGUCUGCAAGCGUCCCGGUGUCGACAAGUUCCUGGAGGUUGUUUCACGGCUCUACGAGGUUGUCAUCUUCACUGCCAGUUUGCAGACGUAUGCCGACCCGUUGAUCGACCUGCUGGACCCGAAGGGUCUGUGCCCUUACCGUCUUUUUCGCUCCUCCUGCAGUCACUGGAAGGGCCUGUGGAUUAAAGACCUCGAGAACCUUGGCCGUGAUUUGCGACGGGUUAUCCUGGUAGAUAACUCGCCGAGCGCAUACUUGUUGCAUCCGUGGAACGCCCUACCCAUCAAAAGCUGGUUCUUCGAUAUGGAAGACCGCGAGCUAUUCGAUCUUACGUCAAUCCUAGUGGUUAUGGCGACGGUUGAGGACGUCCCUGCCGUCCUCAAAGAAACCGUCGGCCCUUCGUGCCGUGAGCGGGUUCUGCAAGAGCUGAGACUCUUAGGAGAGGUGGAGGACGAGAGAGAUGAGAAAGAGUGGUUCAGGUGA